AUGGCCCUUCACCAAGUGAACCCCGCGCACUGCCUCGCAGGCUACAUGGUGCCUCGUUUGUAUACAGAACUCAGAGUCGGCAGUGGCCGGGUUAUCCCCGCAGAGUUCACACCUCCGAGUCCAGAUGACACGCCGCAAUCGUUGUUCCCACAUUGCCCCAAAGUCACAGCAACGGACCGAGUCCAUCGCUUUAUCCGUCUCAACCCUGACAACCGAUCCGUCGAGGACGAAUUCCUCAUCUACACGGACGGCACGUGUAUGAACAACGGCAGGAUAAACGCCAGGGCAGGCUGUUCCUUUGUAUACAAUGAGUCUACAGCUGGGUUUGCACGCUUUCCUCUCGAGUAUAAAGGACCCACUGGUCAACAGCACACGCUGACAAGCGACCGCGCACAAAUCCGCGCCGUCAUUGCCGCUCUGCGGUAUAGGGACUGGGCUGCGGACGGCUUCAGUCGUCUGAUCAUUGCAACGGACUCGGAAUACGUGGUCGACGGUAUCACAAGAGAGGCGCGUGAAUGGAUACAGUGGAGUUGGAUUACACGCGCCGGGGAACCAAUCAGAAACCGGGAUCUUUGGGAGUGUCUUCUCGGGGAGGUGGAAAUGUGGCAGGAGAGGGGAAUGAGCAUUCAGUUCUGGCGGAUUCCUAGAGAGUUGAACACAAAGGCGGGUCGUCAUGCCAAAGAAGCUGCGUUUAUGGACAGACAUUAUGAGUUUACCGAUCUCGCUGGUAUCAGCAAUGUCUCGAUCUAG